UUCUGCACUUUUUAUUUUCAUGCUCAUGAUAAUUUGUAAUUAAAUGUUUUUAAAAUUAUUUCAGAAGGAAAUAAAAACAUUCUUAUCAUGCACCUGGUACAUGUCUAAUCUACAGGUUAUAUGUUGCCAUGUGCACCAGAAAUAUCAGAAGGACUAUCCAAUGUGACAAUGUCUUCAUUGUUUAUCACAUUUUAUAACAUAAGUGGUGAGAUUAUGUUGUUUAGAAAUAUGAUAAAGCCCCUGGUCUCUGUGACUGCAGAAGGCAUAUAGGGAUUAUCCUGUAUGUCAAUUAAUCUAUAUGUCCGUCUGUAAUGUUGAACAUGAUUAAACCAUUUUCUCCUGCACCAUAUUAUGAAUACAUGACCAUUGGAUACUUGUAAUUCAUCUCAAUAGAAGACGAUAGUCAGUUACCAUAGUUAGUUACCUCCCCUGACAAGUCAUUAGAAACAUAUAAAUCCUUAUAUUUGUUAAGUGUGGCUCAUUGUUUCUUAUGUAUUGCACGAUACAGUAUCUAUAAUAGCUGUAAUUUGUGAAGCUAUUUGAUUGUGCGUAUGGAUAUAUGCUUUUGAAACAUAUGUAUUUUGAUAAACCUUCUACUGUUAGAUGCUUAAAUAUUCUGCGCCAUAGGCGGAGGGAUAUUGUUUUGGCCUUGUCCGUCUUUCCGUCCGUCCAUCUUUCUGUCCGGCCGGCCGGCACUUUUGUGUCCGGAGCCAUAUCUUGGAAGUGCUUUGGCGGAUUUCAUUGAAACUUGGUAUGAGAAUAUAUAUGGAUAAACGGAUGAUGCACACCAAAUGGCAUUGGACUCCAUCUAUUAAUAACAGAGUUAUGGCCCUUCGUAUCUUGAAAAAAAAUGCUUUUUUGUGUCCGGAGCUAUGUCUUGGUAGUGCUUUGGCAGAUUUCAUUGAAACUUUGUUUGAGUAUAUAUAUGGAUAAGAGGAUGGUGCACGCCAAAUGAUGGCAUUGUACACCAUUGGAUAUUAAAGGAGUUAUUGCCCUUUGUAUCUUGAUAAAAUGCUUUUUUUGUGUGUCCGGAGCCAUAUCUUGUAAGUGCUUUGAUGGAUUUCAUUCAAACUUGGUAUGAGUAUAUAUAUGGAUAAGAGGAUGAUGCACGUUGGCGUUGUCCAUCCGUCCAGAAAACUUUUAUGUACAGAAGUAUAUUGGCGGGGGAUAUCAAUUCAAUGAAUUUGCUUGUUUAAAAUUAAUAUGACAAAAUAAAAAACAAAAUCCUGAAGUAUCAAAAUGAGAAAAAAACAGAACCAACAUUCAACUUACAGGUACCAAACCAGUGGUUUUUAUGGGCCAAGGGACAUAUAAGGAGAAAUGCCAUAAGCCUGUUAUUAUCAAAAGUGCUGUCCAGCACCAAGGGGGCACCAUGUGCAUCAAGUAUUUUGUUCUGUAACCUCAUUUACAUGCAGCACCCUCACACAACUUUGGGGAAAGGGGUCUGCAGCCCUUAGGAGGGGGAAUCUUUUGUAAAUGGGGUAAUUUUUAUAACGAAAGAAAACAACAACUAUGUUUAACUGUUAUAAACAUAUAUUUCUAUAUAUGCGACUGUCUAUAUAGGACAGAAAGGUGGACUUUUACUCAAUCUAUAUAACAGUAAUCUUAUUUAAAAGUCCACCAUUAUGUCCUUUUUGUUCCUAAAACAAGCUAGUGCUGUGUCCAUUUGCAUGCAAAGUCUGUCAUAAACCAAAGAUCACGACCAUGAUAUAUCCAGCGUGCAAUAUAAAUUGUCAGGUUAUUCAUGCAUGUUUAUGUAUGUAUUAGCUUAAUUUGGCAAUCUCAAAACACGCUAUUUACCUACCUUAUUGAAGUAUGUGUUAUAUCCAUAUGUUAUUCAUUGGUAUAAAACAAAACAUUAUUCCAUGUAAGUAUUUUCAAAUGCGUAUAAUUAAAUUUGUGAUCCGAAAACAAUGUCAAGUUUGAUUGUUCAAGAAAGCAUGCACAAAUUAGACCCAUGUACAAAAUGGCGUCAUUCAUUCUCAUGGAAAGCAUGGGCUUUAAUAGUACCUUUUAAUUAAAAGCAAGUAGUUUACACUGUAUUUAACACGCAAAGAUUGUUGAGAUAGGUCAGUAUUGACUUGUGACAUUUACAGUUAUUAUUUUAUACACCUUCAUGUGUGCACUGGUGUGUUUCGGCAGUUCAAAGCAAAUUCAAGAGAGAAUGGUAACACCCAAAAUGACCUGUGAUGUUUGGCAAAUGGUGUUAUUGAUGUACAAUGAAAGCAUACAAUCUGGUCAAAACUGGAUUAUGAAUGUCGGAUUAAACUCAAAAUUAAAGUGGGUGAAAAAAGGGUAAAAUACUAGUUUGAUAUAUUGGAGUAAAUUUUCAACAAUAGACCCUUUUCACGACGAGGUAUUUUUUUACCGUAACACCGGCUGGCGGCCAUCUUGGGGGUACAUGUAUUCUCAGUUAAAUUAAAUAUAGCGGAUGACUCAUUUCAACAGCAUGAUUUAUGAAGCGUAAUAGCUCUAAAAAUAGCAAGUAAACACUACAGAGAUAAAUUAAUUCCCAUUGUUCAGGCAAGAUACGACGAAAAGCUGAAGUUAAUAUCAGAGAAUGAUCCAUUUGAACUGAAAAUCCUCUCAAAUGAUGUUGAACUGCUGCCUGCGUUGUCGUAUCCAGAUAUUGUGUUUUAUUUAUUGUUUACUCCGAGUGUGUACACGCAUGAUGAUUUUAAGAAUUAUAAAAGUUUAGAUGCAGUGAAUCAGGUUGAAUGUGGAUGGGUGUCGGACGUAAAAUCCGUGGUGAUUGACAAGAAACAUGUGGUUAGAGGAAGGGUGCUCCACUCACAACGUUUACGUGACAAAGCCCUAACCCCAUGGUUCAUCGCGGAGAAGAAUGGUUCAGUCUUGGCCAGCCACUGCGACUGCAUGGCAGGCUGUGGCGAAACAUGUACGCAUGUAGCAGCGUUGAUGUUCUGGGUAUCCGCAACCGUCAAGAUGCGUGAUGAGCGUACUGUAACACAGAAAGCUGCCUACUGGAAGCCCCCACCUAACCUUAAAAACGUCCAAUACAAAGAAACCAGUCGAAUUGACUUCACCAGUAAAAAAAACUUGAAAAGGAAAUUCAAUGACAUAUUGGCGGGCACACCGACUGUCACCCAGCCAGUAAGUGCAAGGAAGCCAAAGAAAAAAAUUCCAGCGCCAACAACUGAAGAACUUAAUGAUUUUUUCAGUGCGUUAAAACUCUCCGGAAAAAAACCAGCUGUGUUGUCAAUUGUGCCAGGCUUUUCAGAUGACUAUGUGCCUGUUGUAAAAAAAGUUCACCUCCCAAAACUGUUGAAUGGACUUCGUAACAAAGAUUGGGAUCACUUAUACGAUGAGGAAAUUAGGGAUAAAUGUUGCUCAAUUUUCCCAAAUAUAUGUGUAACCGAUGAAGAAGUCAUUAACUGCGAAAAACUAACGAAAGAACAAUCAUAUUCUAACAUUUGGUUUGAUCUGAGAGCUGGUCGCAUAACAGCAUCUAACAUGAAAGCUGUGUGCAGAACUGAUGAGUCAAAUCCAUCAAAAAGUCUCAUAAAGAAAAUCUGUUACCCUCAUGACAAAUUCAGCAACAAUGCCACAAAAUGGGGAACCCAGAAUGAGAAAAAAGCAACCAGACAGUGUUGUGAAGUAUUGAGCACAUCACACUCUAAUCUUCGCGUGGAAAUGAGCGGCCUUCAUAUUUCAGAAACACUGUCAUUCAUUGCAGCUUCUCCAGAUGGAUUUGUUCAUUGUGACUGCUGCGGGGUAAGCUGUCUUGAAGUGAAAUGUCCUUACACUAAAAAGGGUAUGAUGAUUGAUGAUUCUGUGUCAUGCUUACAGAAGAAUUCGAAUGGAGAACUGUGUUUGGAUAUUGACCAUGAAUAUUAUUACCAGGUUCAAACACAAAUGGGAGUAACUGGUCUUGAGUCAUGUUUUUUUGUUGUGUGGACGGAUAAAGACAUGUUCAUUGAACUGAUAUCAUUUGAUGUCAAAUUCUAGAAUGAGGCAACAAUUAAAGCAGAAAAACUGUUCAAGUAUGCGAUAUUGCCAGAGUUGGUAGGGAAAAUAUAUACGAGACUUCCAACGCCAAGUGAUCCUCAUGACAACCUCACUACAAAAGCCAAUGCUUUGUGUGUCAGUAGUGCCAACAACAAUAUGGUGGCAACUGAUGAUAAUGUUGACCCGCCUGCUGAGUGUUACUGCUUGUGCAAUGGACCAGAGAAGGGAAGAAUGAUCUGCUGUGACAAUGAAAAUUGUGAUAUUGGGUGGUAUCACUUCACGUCUGAAGAUGAUCAAACGUCCAAAAACCAAAUUAUGGUUUUGCCCUUCAUGUCAGGAUUAGUUGAACUUUGGGAACACAAAUGUUAACUCUAGUGGCUUUUAUAAGUAUUGUUUAGUAUUGAAACUCAUUAUGAAAACUCCUUACAUGUGUUUCAGUACCUAAAUCUUAAAUGCUACAACAGUUAUUCAAUGAAUGUUGUGUACAUUAAAUCUGUAUGUGUUGUUUGAAAUCAAAACAGAUUUUAUGAAAUAUUGUUUUCAGGGCUUAGAAAGGUGGAUUGAUUUGUUAAAUGUAUUUUGCACAUUCUUCAUGAUUGUGUUUUCUGCAUUCAUUAUUUCUAAUAAAAUUUGUCGUGUUCUGAGAAAACUGGGCAUAAUGCUUGUGCGUAAAUUGUCAUCCCAGAUUAACCAGUGCAGUCCGCACAGGCUAAUCAGGGACAACACUUUCCGCUUUUAUGACAUUUUUUGUUUAAAUGAAGUCUCUUCUUAGCAAAAAUCCAAUAAAGGCGGAAGUGUCGUCCCCGAUUAGCCUGUGUGGACUGCACAGGCUAAUCUGGGACGACACUUUACGCACAUGCAUUAUGCCCAGUUUUCUCAGAACACUACACAAAUAGUUGUUUAAUGAAGACUCUUCUUCUUUUAUGAAUGUGUUGCUGAUAAUACUCAUUAAUAGAUUGCGAUUUUUAAUAGUAACAUGGCAUUUAAUUUCCUUCAGAUCUUUCGCUUAGAUACAGUUGUGAUAACUGUCUAUACUAUUAAAAAUAAGCAGGAAUACACCCUGCACUCCGGUGUCACUCCUGCGAGUCAGACUCUGAAAUGCCAUUGUACUUUUAAAAUGUGUCAUUUCAAAUCAAGAAAGCAAUGAUAACUGAAUAAAAACCAAGGUUUCAUCUUAAUAACUCAAUUUCUACAAUGUCAGUAAUUAAAAAAGCUUGUUUAAACUUUAACCAACGUGGGAAAAGGUUAAUUUAUUUGUAACAGUAAAAACAAAACAUUAUUAAUCAUAAAUACAAAUGUGCAUGCCAAAUAUAAUAAAAUGCAUAAAAAUGACAAAACGCAGACUGAUUCAUCACUAAAAGUCUCAAAGCUAUGUCUACUAUUUGUCAAGACAUAAUUAAUUGUGACUUCAACUAUGUUGGAUAAAAUUUGUCCAAUCAUAUAAUACUGUUCAUGAUUAGUUGAAGUCUACAACAGACUCGCACAUGUUCACUAGUGCACAACAUACAUAUGCCACUUUGUCAAUAGUUGUUAGGCCGCGUUCGUCUUUGGUCAUUACAACAUCAAUUGGUUGAGUCCCAUUAAGGAAUGUGAACUUCUGUCUAACCAAUCCUAUGACACGUUCCACACGAAUUCUUACAUUAGCAAUUUUCCUGGUUUCUUCUAAAUCAAGUGGCGAGAUUUGACCCUUGCCUUUUGUUAAUGCUGGGAUGUUGACUGAUGCACAAAGCGUUCCAACACUGUCGCCAAUGUCAAAACCCCUGUCAGCAAGAAUCAAAUCCCCCGGUAACAGCUUGUUCAAAAAACCACAGUGCUCGGUAAUGAAUUUAUCGCUGGUCCGUCCUCCCCAUGACUUAGAAAUGAACGACACAACUCCUUGAGGCGCAAUACCUAUAAGGAAUUUCACGGUGUUGUGGUGCUUAUAAUUGGAACAUGUUUCACUGCGUGCCAUUAAAUUGGAGGGACAUUCAAUAAACACUUCAAAACAGUCUAUUAUAACACAACACUUUUUCCCAAAAUGCUUUUGAAAUUGAAGUGGCAUUGUCUUCUGUAGUUCUUCUCGUUCUGGCCAUCUGACAAUACCUUGUGUCCGUACAUACAGCACAUCAAUAACAUCUACAAAAAUUCUGGAUAUUGUGGAUUUUGAGACCGCCAACUGAAAGGCCAGGAAGCUAAUAGUCAAGUUCAGCCUUAAUCUAGCCAGUGUCAAAACCAAGCACUCAAAUUUUCCCAAGGUCAUUUUCGGUGGUAAACAUUCUUCAACAAGUCGAAACAGUGCCAUUAACAAUGCGAAGCAUGGUAAGCCUGUUAGCGAUCUUACUUUUUCAUCAUUUCCUUCUAAGGCGCUUUCUGAAUAAGGAUUUGUGUUCUUCAAUUUUUCCUUCAAUUCAUGAUUUUUACACUUCAGUUUUUCAUUUUCCUCUUUGGCUAAAGCAAGCUGCUUUUGUAGCAUUUCUACCUCAGUUUCUGGCAAUGGCUCUUCUGAAGGUAGUGGGGUUAAAUCUUCAACCGGCUCAUCUGUCGACAUGUUUUCAGCGAACAUUAAUAAAGUCUUGGCUGCGUCAGACUUCUCUGCACGCCCCUUCUUACGGAAGUACCGGCUGGACAUGUUGUCAGGUGUAUUGACCUGCCUACUGGUUCCCAUGUUUAAGGAAGGAGUCCAGUCUGGAUUAUCCCUGGCAAACAGAUCUGCCUUUUUCUCUGAAAAACAAAAUGACACAUUGGUUAAUAUGGUUUUAAAUGAAUUAAUAAAUAAAUGGUUUGAAAUCAUUCCUUCAUAAGACUUGGAAGUAUUUAAAGUAUUUUAUCAGUAAUAAUGUAUUUAAUACAUUCCUCUUAAAACAUUUUUUUAAGCAUGUAUAAUAUAUAUAAUCUACUUGUGCUUAUUUUGUAUUAUAUUGUGUGUAUUUAGACGAUGCACAUUCGUAUAAGUCUUAAUAAACUGUCUGUUCUGCUCUUAUCAGUUAUAAAAUCAACUUACUUCCAAUAAAGUGAUCGGAGCAUAUUCGAAUGUUCUUCACAGUUUUGCCAGUCAGAUCCUGAUUGAGACUUGCAAGCCAUUUUCGCCGUCUUUCUUCGGACAAUUCAUGGGUCUUUUCACAUUGAUUCGUUAUUACUUCGGGUAUCCUGUAGAAGGACCUGUCUUUUUCUCUGUCCGACCUUUUAUGACAGCCAAUGACACGGCAAUAAUUUACCAUUUUGUUGAAUUAAUCGGAAAUCAAUUUUUACUGCUAUUGUUCGAUCAGGAAGCUCUAUCGCCAAGAUGGCUGCCGCGCAUGCUCGCUGAGCGUGAAAACGGUCUAUAAAUCAGCGAUUUCUUUUGAUUUUUAUUUUCUGAGGGGAAAAAAAUCAGUUGGUUUUUUUUUGAAAAAAAAAACAACUUUUCAGGUGGGGGACUGUGGCCGAAAUUCAGCGGAAGAUUUGAUAGAUUGAGGGCCCUGACAUGUAUUUGAGCUGCGCUGUGGAAAAAGCGGGCUUAACGCAUGCAUGUACAUUUGACCCAGAGUAGCCUGCGCAGCUUGCACAUAUGCCUUAAGCACCCUUUUCCCAUAGCACAUCUCAUACGGUUCUUGAUUUCAG